AUGGUGUGGACAAGAUUUUGGAUUCUGAAGAAGCAUUUUGAGGGCAGACCUAAACUAAGUGAUUUUGAACUCAAAGAGGCAGAAUUACCAGCGCUCAACCAUGGAGAUGUGCUGCUCGAAUCAUUGUUCCUCAGUGUUGACCCUUACAUGAGACCCUACAGCGAGACAAAGAUGAAGGAAGGGGAUAUAAUGUUAGGAAGCCAAGUGGCAAGGGUAGUGGAAAGCAGAAAUCCUGCAUACCCCGAAGGGACCUUUGUCGUAGCUACUGCAGGAUGGAUAACUUUCUUCGUUUCCGACGGCAAAAAUUUACAGCGAAUGUUUCCAGACUGGCCAGAUGAGCUUCCCAGAUCUCUGGCUCUCGGAGCCAUUGGUUUGCCUGGGCUUGCUGCAUAUUAUGGCCUCCUUGAGAUUUGCAGGCUUAAACCAGGAGAUACUGUACUUAUCAAUUCGGCAGCUGGAGCUGUUGGAAGUACGGCUGGGCAGAUUGCUAAAAUAGCGGGUUGCAAAGUGGUUGGCAGUGCUGGUUCGGAUAAAAAAGUGGCCCUUCUAAGAAAUCUUGGUUUUGAUGUUGCCUUUAACUACAAGACUGUGGGAUCCCUGGCAGAGACUCUGAAGGAAGCCUCCCCUGAUGGCUACGACUGCUACUUCGAUAAUGUGGGAGGCAAGUUUAGCAGCAUCGCUUUGGAGCAAAUGAAGACAUUUGGGAGAAUUUCUGUGUGUGGUGCUGUUUCAUUGUACAAUGAUAAGGAGCCCCAAAAAGGUCCUUAUGUCCAGGCCACGAUGGUCCUAAAAGAACUUCGUAUGGAAGGCUUCUUGGCAACACGAUGGGAAAACAGGAAGGAAGAAGCUCUGAAAGCUCUACUGAAAUGGGUCAUGGAGGGGAAAAUUAAGUGGCAAGAAUACAUCACAGAAGGAUUUGAGAACAUGCCAGCAGCGUUCAUAGGGUUGCUAAAGGGAGACAACGUUGGAAAGGCAAUUGUAAAAGUGUAA